AUGGGAGAGUUGUCCGAAGAGUGCGCCGUCCUCGCCAGCGACGGCGCGGAUGAGAAAGAGGCGCAGCGGCUGCAGCAGUUGCUGCAGGUGAAACCCUGGAAAGGAAAAUAUGCAUUGCCGCAGCAGGGAACAGAAACAGAAAACAGCUCAGCUGUAUACCGCGCCGUCCCCGACCCCUCAAACCCUGAUUGCACCAAACUGGGGGAGGCGGCGGUUCCGCAGUUCCCCAACAUCAAAUCCCUGUAUUUGCUGCUCAAGGAAGCUGCGCGCAUCUUCGGCAAAAAUCUUUAUGUGGGUGAACGCCGGCCCAUCAACGACGGCAGCUCGCCUGCGACCCUCUCGGGCUUCAAAUACUUUACCUAUGCAGACACGCUGCGCAUGGUGGAGUCGUUGGGGAGGGCGCUAGACCAGGAGGUGGGGGUUUCUUUGUCUCAUUACGAUGAUGAGGCGAACUACCGGGGUAUUGUCACAGUCCCUCUCUACGACACGCUGGGAGAAGAGUCGGUGAAGCACAUCAUUAAGCAAACGAAGAUGGAGGUGCUGGCCGCCGAGGGCUCAAAGCUGGAUGCAGCACUGCGACUUAAGAAGGAGGGGUUUCCGUUGAAAGCAGUUAUUUCAUUUGAUGAACCAACAAAGGAGCAGAUCGAGGCGUUCCGAGAGGCAGGAGUUGGGCUCUAUCACCAGGAGAAACUAAGAAGAAAGUACCUCUCAAUUCCCGACGAGAAGUCGCCGGAGGAGCUGGCGCCUUCUCUCGACGACGUCUGCACGAUCAUAUUCACCUCGGGUAAUCACUGA